UACGAUGGAUACAGGAAGAUAUAUCCGAUAUAUACUGGAAUACGGUGGAUACUGUACGAUAGAUCCGAUAUAUACUGGAAUGCGGUAGAUACUAUAUAUCCGAUAUAUACUGGAAUACGAUGGAUACAGGAAGAUAUAUCCGAUAUAUACUGGAAUGUGGUAGAUACUGUAAGAUAUAUCCGAUAUAUACUGGAAUACGAUGGAUACAGGAAGAUAUAUCCGAUAUAUACUGGAAUACGGUGGAUACUGUACGAUAGAUCCGAUAUAUACUGGAAUACGGUAGAUACUGUACGAUAG